GGUUAAAGCAACAUGGCAGCGCCCUGUACAUUUCUGUGAGAGUGAAAUUAGAAGUUGAGUAUAAAGAAGCAUCAAUAGAGUAAUGGCAGAUGUUAGCAGCGGCCCAGUGGCUGAUACUCUACCCUCAAACGAGAAGAAUCCACCUUCAAACGAUGAGACUCCUGAUGACCUCCCUCAGGUCUCCAACAACGAUGGCAUAAAGUCCGACGACAAAGCUGAGGGGGGAAACGAGGCGGCCUCUGACCCGGACAUGUACCGUUACAUCAAAGAGGAACUCUUCACAUCUGAGAUCUACAAAGUGGAGAUCAGGAAUCUACCCAAGUUCACUGGUUUUAACGACCUGAAGAAGUUCCUGGCCAGACACAGCCUCAACCCGCACAAAGUCAAGCUGUUUGGCAAGCAGACGUUUGCUUUCGUCACCUUUAAGAAUGAAGAAGACCGUGACAAGGCCAUGAAGAUGGUUCAUGGCAUGAAUUGGAAAGGCCAGGUGCUGAGCGUAAGGCUGGCCAAGCCCAAAGAGGACCCCAUCCAGAGGAAGAGGAAGCAGGAGGAAGGAGAGGUCGUGGGAGGGCAGCCCCCAUCCAAGCGAACCGAAAGGGAUGAGGAAGAGGAGCCGUUCAGUGUCCAGAUCGCCAACGUGGUGACUCCUCUGUGGAAUGUGCCUUACGAGGAGCAGCUGAAGAUGAAGGAGCAGGAGGUGGUGGUGGUUCUGAAGAGGCUGGCCAAAGAGAUUGGCAGCACCAACAAAGCCAUGUUGCCAUGGCUGUUUGCACAGAAAGGGAAGUACAACAACAUGUGUUGUUCUCUGGAAUCUAUCCGGCCAUCUCCUACACAGACGGAGUACAGAAACAAGUGCGAGUUCCUCAUUUCAAUGGGCGCCGAUGGCGAGGAUAAGACCAUCGGUUUCCGCCUGGGAAAAUAUAAAGGCGGCUCCUGUGCUGUGGUGGGGCCAGGUGAGACGAGCCACGUCUCAGCCGAGGCCAAGAGUGUGGUCAGCGCGUUUCAGAAGUUCAUCAGAACAACACCGUACUCUGUGUACAGUCCUGAAACCUAUGAAGGACACUGGAAGCAGCUGACCGUCCGGACUACAAGGACCAAACAAGCCAUGGCUGUAGCGUUCUUCAACCCGCAGAAACUUGAAGCGGAGGAAGUCGAUGCAUUAAAGAGCUCCAUGAAGAAGUUCUUUACAGAAGGAGAGGGUAAAGACAGCGGAGUAACCUCUCUUUACUUUGUCAGAGAGGGUCAAAGGACUUCUCCUAACCUCGAGGACUUGCCCUGUGAGCUGGUGGCUGGAGAGGACUGCAUUCAUGAGGAACUCUUGGGUCUCAAGUUUCGAAUAUCUCCUCUUUCCUUCUUCCAAGUGAAUACAGGAGCUGCAGAGGUGCUGUACUCCGCUGUGGGGGAAUGGGCCCAGCUGGACCAGGACAGCACGGUGCUGGAUGUGUGCUGCGGGACGGGGACCAUCGGCAUCUCUCUGGCAAAGAGAGUAAAGAAGGUAAUUGGAAUCGAAAUGUGCCAGGAAGCCGUGGAGGAUGCCAAAGUUAAUGCAAAGUCCAAUGGUCUGACUAAUAUCGAGUUUCACUGUGGAAAAGCUGAGGAUGUGUUCCCCAACAUUCUCAAUGCCCUGGUGUCGCCCAACAUCACAGUCAUUGUGGAUCCGCCGAGGGCCGGCCUACAUUCCAAGGUCAUACUUGCCAUCAGGAGGGCAGCACAUCUGAAGAGGCUGGUUUACGUGGCAUGCAAUGCGAAGGCUGCCAUGAACAACUUCAUCGAUCUGUGCAGAGCGCCCUCCAAGCGAGUUCACGGGGCCCCAUUUCGUCCGGUUCGGGCCAUGGCUGUGGAUCUGUUCCCUCAGACCAUCCAUGUGGAGAUGCUUUUGCUGCUGGAGAGGGUGGACUACGACUCCCAGCCACAGCAGACCAGCAAGCAAUAAGGAAGAGACAUUCUGAUAUCCACACUAUACUAUUAAGUAUGUAAAAUGCAGUCUGCCAAAAAAAAAAAGGACUUUCCACUUCAUCAGGUCAUAUUAGUAAGAAUGCUAUUUGGAAAUAUUGUCCACGUGUUGAAAAGCCCCGACGAAAUGUUGUUCAUGUGUUGAGACUGCAAAUACAAAUAUGAAAAAAAUGCAGUAAGGUCGUCAUCAUGCACACGGAAUUUGACAGACUAUGUAUUAGAAAAUACAUAACUCUGUUCUGGCAUACUAUAUAGUAUCAUGGGUUGGGGCACUUAACUUUAGAAACGGGCCCGGUCCUGAAAUGUAUGUUGAAAGCAGUUUUUCCUGUUGGUAAAGUAAUCUGCAAAGCCUUAGUCUUAAUUUUAAAGGGUCAGUCUAUUCUAAAAACAUGUACCCCUCACCAGUCUUUUGUAAUGCACUAUUAAUGCAUCAAAUAAAGCUGGUGUGAACACGA